CUGUAACACUUACUGUCAAAUUGCGAGAUUUUUUCACUUUUUUAUUAGUCUGUUCGGCGCUUUUGGUUAUUUAAUAUUUAUUUAAAUAAAAUAGUACAUUGUAGUUUUAACUCUCGAUUAUAAAAAACAAAUAAAUUGAGAUAAAUAAACCAAGUCCUAUAAGGUAGCGAAAAUUAUAUAAAAAUAAUUUGGUUAUGUUUGUAUAACAAUCCGCGUUAUUCUUGCUUUAUUAUAGAUUUUUCAAAAUGAUCUAUAAGUGGUGGCAUAGAUUUGUACGUCGUAGAACUAAACCAAUACCUGUUGAUCAAGCUAUUUUGUGGAAACGUAGACUGAGUAUAGCAUAUGGAUUAGUGGCAUGGAAUGCCUUUGGGUUAGUCAUAUAUAGUGCCUAUAAGGGCAAAGCUGAUUGGGCAGAUUAUUACGGUUUAAAAACAGAGGAAGAAAAAUCUAUUCCACCAGGUCAAGCAUGGGCUAAUACUUUAGGGAUAAAAAAUGCCAAAGUAUAUAGGAUAUCGGGAUUCAAGAAAGUAGAUGAAUAUGAUAUUGUUGAUGGAGAACACAAGUCUGUUAAACUUGAAGCAAUUAAUGAAAAUGAAGAACUAACAAAGUCAUAACAGAAAUUAUUGGCAUAAUACUAGUUACAUGUUAUACUGUAAAUAAUUUAUAGUUUUGAUUUAAAUAGAUCUAAAUAAAAUAAUAAUUGUUACAAAUUAC